UAAAGUCAAGAGCUAUUAUUUCAUCCGUCGUCUCUACCAACAAUUGUAUAGUUUUCUCGACUUUAUAAAGCUUAAUCAAAGCAUCAAAUGCGACGUUGUAGCAAACCCUAUCAAGUGAAAUGUUCAUGUCUCUAAUUUCUAUAAACUUAUGAUAAGCUUCCUAUAUGACAGUGGCCAUGUAGUUCAGGGGCGGACCGAGAUCACCUCUCUCUCACCUAGGUGGCUUAGGUCCGCCCCUACUGAAGUUUCUAGCUUGCUAUCGUUAAUAAAAUGCAAAGGGUUAGGCAUAUUCAUGUCUUGCGGUGUCCUUCCAUUAUUGCAUAGUAACCACACACAUUCGGAUCAGUCCACACACAUACAUGUGACAUUUUGUCUGUCUCUGCGUGUGAGUGUGGACCCAACAUUUCUCCACUUUCUAAUCAUUUUCGAGGGAAAUGUAUGAUUGGGAGUCGAGACUUUAAGACUUUGAUAGAGAGAAGUUAUGAAAUGGUAUUAAACUAUUUCAUCUAUAUGAAAUUUUAAAAAGGGAAAAAUAUGGAAGAUUUAUGAAAGGUUUAUAAGAAAAUUUAAGCAUAACUGAAUGGGAAAAUUCCGUAAAAAUGUGUGAAUUAAUAAUGAAUGACAUUUGGUGUGUAUAUUUUUAAAAUAACAUUGCAUUUCUUAUAUUGUCUUCUCAAAGAGAAUUGUCAAUCUUUCUCAACAAUAAAUAUAAACAAAUUCCUUUAUCAACCUAAAUUUCAAAAUUAUAGUUCAAAUUAUUUGAGAUUUUACGAAAAAAAAAGAGUAUUAAAAUCCAUUUCUCAUUUUUUUGAGGAUUCUUGCCUAAAUAGGUGAUAAGUUGAAGGUUUAGUGUAUAUUCUACAAUGUUCACUUAUUAACUGCAGAUAAGAGACUUGUGGUUCACGUUUAGUGGAAGAGGCAGCCUCAGGCAGGUCCCUUCCAUCAUUAAAAAGGUAGGUCAAAAAGAUAAGAUUGUGAUUGUACCAACAAAAAGACAAGAAGCUUCACCGUCACCUACAGUAACAGCACUAUGCACACAUUUAUCAUCACAUCUACUAUAAAAAGUAGAAGAUUCUUCUACCACAAUUAGAAUUAGUCUAGUAGUCACACUUGAACUCUUUGAUAUAUAGCUCUACAUAAACAUGUUUUAGCAAGUAACACCUAAUCUCUGGCCAAGUUUCUGAGCUCUGGAUUUGAGGAUGAAGCUGACAACAGUUGUCACUUGCUUACUACUUUCUUCAUUGAUGUUACUAUCAUUAUUUACCUUCAACCAUCAGCCUCUUGAUGCUAAAAUCAACGGUGAAAAGGAUUCAAGAAAACCAAGGGAUAAGCUGAUAGGAGGGCUGCUUACUGAGGAUUUUGAUGAAGAAUCUUGCUUGAGUAGGUACCAUUCUUCCUUGUAUCGCAAGCCAUCACCUUACAAGCCUUCUCAAUAUCUUCUCUCCAAGCUUAGAAGCUAUGAGAUGCUUCACAAGCGUUGCGGCCCAGGCACAAAGGCUUACAAAGAAGCCACAAAGAAUCUUGGUCAUGAUCAGAAUCUGAAUACAUCUGUUGGUGAAUGCAGAUACAUUGUGUGGAUUGCUGUUUAUGGACUUGGAAACAGAAUACUUACUUUAUCUUCUCUGUUCCUCUAUGCUCUCUUGACUGAGAGAAUCAUUCUUCUUGACCAACGCACCGACAUAAGCCAUCUCUUCUGUGAGCCUUUUCCAGAGUACUCGGAGAAUCUAAGGACCAUGUACUGGGAAGGCCCGAGCUCAACAGGAGACAUGGUCCAAGUUUACCAACCAAGCCAAGAAAUGUAUCAGCAAACGGACAAGAAGCUUCACGACCAAAAGGCACUCGCUGAGAUUUAUCUGCUAAGCCUAACUGAUAAACUUGUCACAAGCAACUCAUCUACAUUCGGAUAUGUUGCUCAAGGACUCGGAGGAUUAAGGCCAUGGAUACUUUACAAGCCAAAGAACCAGACAAAUCCGUGUGUUAAAGCCAUAUCGAUGGAGCCAUGUUUCCUUAGAGCUCCGAUCUAUGGGUGUCAAGCUAAGACAGUGAAGAUCACCCGCUUUGUUAGGCCUUGUGAGGAUCGGCUCACAGGGCUUAAGCUAGUUGAUUUCGCUAAUGAAGUUUUAUUGUAAGCUCUCAUCUUCUUCUACAUACAUCAUUGUUACCAAAGAUCUAUAAAUAAAUUGUUUAUAACGUCA